AUGCCCUAUAUCUUGGACGAUGAUGGAAACGAAGAGGAAGAUUGUGUCCCUACAGCCAGCAAUGGCCAUGCUGACACUCUUGCUGACUCCACCAAACGAGUUUUUCACAUGGAUGAGAUGCAAAGACACCAAAUUAAACAUCGCGAGCUUUUUCUCUCCAGGCAAAUCGAAUCUUUACCAGCUACGCACAUCCGAGGCAAAUGCUCUGUUACUCUGUAUAACGAAGCAGAGCCAUUGACAAAUUAUCUGGCGCGUGACGAUGCGUUCUUCUAUAAGCUGAUAUAUGACCCUUCGGCAAAGACCCUGCAAGAGGACAGAGGUGCAAUGAGGAUUGGCUCCGAUUAUCAAUCCGAAAUUCAGCCCCUACUCAAGGAGGGUAAGUUUGCCUGUUAUAUUUUUACCAAUUUGCGCUGA